GUCUGGAGUGACGUCAUAUCCGCAACUGAAGAUAAACAAACCAUGGAGGAAGAUAACGCACAGCUACUCGAACAUGCUCACUCUGAGUUUAAAAGGCAGAAUUUCAAACAGGCAGAGGAACUGUACACGAAGUUCAUCUCUUCCUGCUUGCAGUCCAGGGGGUGUGACGAUAGUCAUUUGGCCACUGCUUAUAACAACCGCGGACAGAUAAAGUACUUCCGGGUGGAUUUUACUGAAGCAGUAGAGGACUACACUUCAGCGAUACAGACUGAUAGCCGCUCUGAAACCCCUUUCUACAACAGAGGACUCAUCCACUAUAGACUAGGUUUUUUUGAUGAUGCCAAGAGGGACUUCCAACAGGCAUUAAAGCUCAAUCCAGAUUUUGAAGAUGCAAAAGUGAGCCUGCAACAGACUCUUCUGGACCAGCAGCACAAGAUAAAUAGAGGAUACUGACACGCUCAUUUAAUUUUGAUUAAUUUAAUUUGUGCAUGCAUUUCUGUAAAGCUGUAAUAUAAUAAAUUAAAAAGUCAUCUAAAUUA